GUACGAGAACCACUCACCACCACUCGGCUGGCAUAUUUCCAGCGCCUGGCCCCCAGUGGAGUGCUGCGCUCUUGGAAUUCAAACCUAUACUCCGUACUUGGGCUGACGAACAAAGACGUCCCCGCGGAAUUUCAGCCCUCCGCCUCCCGCCGCACCCAGUGUUCCAGUCCCUUGCUGUCUCCCUCCUCCAUGCCUCGCAUCUACGUACUUAAACAUAUCGCCAAGGCCAGCAGUCGGUUUAUACUGAAGAGUGCCUAUUCUACCCAAGCUUUUCCCGCCCAAUCCUUGCUCGCAACGCCAAAGCUGACCUACCCAUCUCGGUAUUUAGCUUACAAUUGAUGAUAUUGAGCGGUCUGGCCUAUCGUCGCAGGAUAGAGAGAAAACCCGUUCUUGCGUUCUUAAAUCGACACUUGGGCCGACCGGCAGUGACCAUGGACAGCACCUUGCCUCUAGCUCCCUUUGCGUCCCGCCAAGCCAGGGCGCGGGGGCUUCCUCAAGCCAUUGCCCAUCGAGGAUACAAGGCACGGUUUCCUGAAAAUACCUUGGCUGCCUUCCGAGGUGCCGUGGAAGUCGGCGCUCACGCCAUCGAGACCGACCUGCAUCUAUCUAGAGACGGCGUUGUUGUUUUGUCGCACGACGCUACGCUUAAACGCUGCUUUGGCGACCCGUCGCGGAUUGCCGAUCAUGAUUGGGAGCACUUGAGCACAUUUCGCUCAUUGCGCGAGCCCAGAGAGCCUAUUGCUCGACUGGUCGACCUGCUAGAAUAUGUCGCUAAGCCGGAACAGAAGCACAUAUGGCUCUUGCUCGAUAUCAAAACGGAUGACGAUAUAAGUGAGAUGUUCACUAGCCUAGCAGCAGCACUUGCCUCCGUCCCAACAGACGUCCCUUGGAACCAGAGGAUCAUCUUAGGCCUAUGGACUGUAGAAUGGGUGGCGGCAUGUCUCAGAACUCUCGCAGAGUUUCCAAUGUCAUUGAUCGCCUGGUCCCCUUCUCUCGUUUCAGCGUUGUUACCCGUACCUAAUCUGAAUUUCACAAUGUUCAACUAUUCAUUCGCAACUCCCAGCGGCUCUCGGCUCAGGCAGCAGGCCAAGCAACGCAGUCGGUUGGUUUUCUCCUGGACCGACAACGCAGAUGAGUGGAUGGUGUCGAGCAUCCGUAACGAGAUCGACGGCGUCGUUACUGACGACCCCAAACGCCUCCUUGAACUUUGCGAUCAGAAGUCUCCCAAGGCAGCACAGGAGGUAAAGAGUAUAAUAACAGCAAAGGAAACGAUUCUAUGGGUAGUAGGCAAUUUCUUGGUUUUGGCAACGGAGAUCGUACUAUGGUUCACGAAAGGUUCGCCACGCAGUCAAGUGAAGAAGACUCUUGGGGUCUGAAGCUGGUUACACGAAUGCAUUUCUCAUAUAUGGGCGGUCGUUUAAAUAUCCAUAGCAUAGACAUGCAAUGCGAUUAACAUCUCACCUAGACCUAACAUUGCAUAUCUAGGCCGUUGCAUUACACGCCAUGACGAAUGAUGCUUUCCAAGCUAUAUGACACGAUAUCAGAAAGGCG